UAGGAGCAUAGUUCAAAUCAGCUCAGCUUCAAGGAAUAAGCAUUCAAAUCACUUGACAAUGAAAUUCUCCAUCGUUGUUCUGGCCCUGUUCGCCGUGGCUGCCGCCAAGCCCCAGGACGACAAGUACACCACAAAGUACGACAGCAUCGACAUUGAUGAGAUCCUGAAGUCUGACCGUUUAUUCAAGAACUACUUCAACUGCCUGAUGGACACCGGAGCUUGCACUCCGGAAGGAAAUGAACUGAAGCGUGUCCUGCCCGAUUCCCUGGAGAACAACUGCUCCAAGUGUAGCGAGAAGCAGCAAACGUCCAGCACCAAGAUCAUCAAAUUCUUGACCGAGAACAAGCCAGAGGAAUGGACCAUGCUGAAGGCCAAGUACGAUCCCGAUAACAAGUAUGUCCAGAAAUAUGUGGCUGAUGCCGACAAGGAUGGAAUCAAGCUAUAAACGAAAUGGCUCUUACCUGGAAUUGACGAAGUAUUAUCGACAUAUCACAAAGAUUAUUCUGGAAUUGGAUAAUUUUCGAUUAUGAACAACGAAUCUCUGUUAUGAGUUGAAGACUGUAUAAAUAAACUGCAGAUUUUUGUUCAAA